AUCUCGAACCGCCCGCGAAGCACGCAGGAGCAGGAGACGAAGGCGGGAGAAGCAGACGAUCUGACAGCUAGCGGGCUUCUCGUCUUGCUCUUCUCCUUCUGGCUGCCCAUUGUUCUAUAGCGCUGCGUGGAUCAUGGAAUCGAAUGCCGAAUAUGUGGCACCCCUGAACCUCAGCACCGCCGCUACUACAACCGCUAUUACUACUACUACUACUACUACUACUACUACUACUACUACUACUACUACUACCGAUACUACGACGACCAGCCCUAUUUCUACUACCCCGGACGAUGCAGGAUCACUGGCCGUGGCGACCAACAACAGACUCAUAACUGCGUUGAAUGCUCAGCUACGGAUGACGCCGCCGCUGACGCCGCAUAGCUCCCGUGAAGAGAUGGUCGACCGAAGCGGCCAGGGACGGUCACUGUUCCAUAACUACCUGAGAGCCUUCUACCCGUUCCAUCCAGACGGACCGAUCUCCUCGUCGACCGUGACUCUACCGCUGGACCAGGGAGACGUCAUCCUCGUCCACUCAGUGCAUACCAACGGCUGGGCUGAUGGUACUUUGCUAGAGACUGGCGCCAGGGGAUGGCUGCCAACCAACUACUGCGAGGCCUACGACCCUCAGCAGAUGCAUCCGCUGCUCAAGGCCCUGAUGGACUUCUGGGACGUCAUCAGGGGAGGCAGCGGGUCUACUCUCCAUCAGUUCUCAAACCAGGACUACAUGCGAGGCAUGAUUGCUGGUGUCCGGUUUCUCUUGGAGAAAUCAGAAUGCCUGACAAGAGACUGCCGGCUCGUGAAGAGAGUCGACGGACUACGGCGGAACCGCAAAGCUCUUCUCUCGGAUCUAUCAUCACUCGUCAAGCUAGCGAAGCAAUUGCAGGACAUCGCAAACGGACGGCACUUUGAGACAUGUCUGGACAAUAUAUUCGAUCUGAUGCUGCUCAAGGCGUUCCGCAUAGUCACCAGAGGAGUUCGGUUUUUGGACGUUUGGAGUGAAGAAAUUGGGCUUGUAAGGGCACUGGAUCAUCUAGACAACACAAACUCGCCGAAUACAAUGGACACCAUGUUCAAGGGGCCUCUCACUCCACCAGUCGAUGGUUCCUUCAGCUUCUCGUCUCAACGCGCAACUAGCUCCAUCGGCACACCAACCUCCUCCAGCAGCUGGAGAGGCAGCCUCAGUGACCGCAGCUUGCUCAACUCCACGACGAUAGUCAGCCAGAAAUCUGGCCGUGAAACACCACAACGACGGUUAACUGCUGCCCAUGACGGAUUCCUCGGUGUCCUUGGAUCAUUUAUUGGCCUGCAUCUCCAGUCACCCUCGUCAACAGAAUUGAUAAUCACAACACAAGAGGCUGUUCAGUCCUGUAAAACCCUGCUAUCGGUCGUCGAAGAGGUGUGGGAGCGCGAUCUGCACCGAUCUUUCUUGCUGGAAAGAUCAAAGAAUACCAUGUACGACCGCAUCGCCGAGCUCGUCAACGCUACCCAGAACACAUUCCGCACCCCUAUUAAUCCUGACGAUGAGACGAUUUUUGUUCCGGGAGAUGGAAAACGCCUGGUAGAUGCCGCUACCGACUGUGUGCGUGGCGCCGGAGAUUGUGUCUCUAGAGCCAGAACAGUCUUGGAGCAGAUUGGAGACUUCGAGCUGGAUAACAUCGGCCUGGGGAUUACUAUGCCCAGCACGGAGGAUAUCAUAACACCAACCAACCACAAAGUAUUACCGGAAAAGACCGACGAAGUCGCCUCAGCCACAGUUACAAAGGUAGACGAUGAACUGUCUAUGCGGCCUCUGCCACUCCAGAUUCCCGACUGCUCCGUUUCAUCCAUAUCCCUGACACCAUCAUCCUUCACUGACGCUUCGACUCUCCGUACCCCAACCUCCCCCUUUGAUGAAUCUUUCAGCUCCGCCUUCGCCGCAUUCACUGAUUUCAGUGAUCCAUUCAAUCCAAAUUCCGAGCACGGCCUCUCUAAAUCAUUCCAUACAUACUCGCCUACCAAAUCUACCAACGAUGUGCCUUGGCAGCAGGACCCAGCCAUCUACAUACCGCUUCCCCAGGACAACGACAUGGACCUUACACUCGAGCCAACUGAAACUGAAAGUACACUGGUUCCCGAAACGCCUACGCGUCCAGCAUCGCGUGCCAGCGUCACCCAUAAGUCUCCCAAGUCCCCUAAAUCCCCCAUGAAGGAAGACUCUCAAACAGAAGUAGGGUCAACUUCAUCCGAUGGAGAUGAGGACAGCCUGUUAGAGAAGACUUACGCCCACGAGCUCAUGUUCAAGGAUGGCCAGGUGACUGGUGGCAGCCUCCGCGCUCUGGUUGAGAAGUUAACAUGUCAUGAAUCGACGCCCGACGCACUCUUCGUUUCAACAUUCUAUCUCACAUUCCGACAUUUCACCACCCCGGUUGAGUUUGCUGAAGUCUUGAUCGACCGCUACGACUACAUCGGUGAGACCCCCAGAGCUGGAGGACCCGUCCGCCUCCGCGUAUACAACGUCUUCAAGGGGUGGCUAGAGGCCCAUUGGAGACACGAUGUUGAUGAUAUCGCUCUGCCAACGAUCCUUAAUUUCGCCAGGACUAAACUCCUAAUCACGUUACCUACCGCUGGUAAGCGCUUGAUUGAUUUGGUCGAAAAGGUUUCCUCCCUACAGGGGCCUGUGGUCCCACGUCUGAUCUCCACCGUUGGAAAGACAAAUACCUCCAUAGCUCAAUAUGUCAGCCCAGACCAGCCCCUCCCUCAGCCCAAUAUGACUAAGAGCCAGCUCAACCUCUUGAAGCAGUGGAAGAAUGGUGGCGCCAACGUCAGUAUCCUCGACUUCGACCCCCUUGAAAUUGCCCGCCAAAUCACGAUCAAGGAAUCUCAGAUUUUCUGCUCUAUUCUCCCGGAAGAGCUUCUCUCCACCGAAUGGAUGAAGAAGACCGGCUCCUUGGCCGUCAAUGUUCGGGCAAUGUCUACUCUAUCUACAGACAUUGCCAAUCUGGUCGCCGACUCUAUCUUGCAAUUGGAAGAGCCCAAGAAGCGAGCAGUGAUUGUCAAGCGAUGGGUCAAGAUUGCCGCCAAGUGCCUUGAGCUGAACAACUAUGACACCCUUAUGGCCAUCAUCUGCUCUCUUAAUUCAUCCACCAUUUCUCGCCUCAAGCGUACAUGGGAGAUUGUUCCCGCCAAAACGAGGAACCUUUUGGAAAACCUCCGGGAGAUUGUCGACGUGUCCCGCAACUACGCAGUCCUCCGACAACGACUACAAAACCACGUACCACCAUGCCUACCAUUUGUCGGAACCUACCUCACGGACCUGACCUUCGUCGAUCAUGGCAACCAAGAUACCCGUACUCUUGCUGGCGAUGAGAGCUCCAUAGAAGUCAUCAAUUUCGACAAGCAUAUGAAGACCGCCAAAAUCAUCAGUGAGCUCCAGCGAUUCCAGAUCCCUUAUCGACUUCGCGAGGUCCCAGAACUCCAGACAUGGAUACAGGACCAGCUUGUCCGUGUUCGAUCUGCCGGCGACAAAAGCUUCCAGCAAUACUACCGUCGAUCUCUCGUUUUGGAGCCCAGGGAGCGUGCAGUUACGCCCCGUGGAUCUCCAACCGAACCCAGUCCCUCCCUGUUCGCUAAGGAGAAUACGAAGGAAAAGUUCGACUUCUUAGCCUGGACUCAUGGCUCCAAACUCAAAGUUCCAGCUGCGUGAUGAUGAUACCUUUUGUGUUUAACUCCCAUCUUCAACAUCUUAUGCCGUACCCCCUGGAUCUACUCCCGACCUUCCCCCUUCAACUUAUGCUUUAUGAUUUUAUGACCUUCAUGAUAGUACCUUUCCUCUGGCUCGACUCUCCCUCUCCCUCCAUUUCUCUGCCGCCGCCGUACAAAGAUCUCUUCCCAUUCUUCUUCAUACGGACAUACUGUUUCUUCACUUACAGGAGGCUUUCCUUUAUCCGCCUUUUUAUUGUUGCUUUUUAACCUGAUAUCCCAUACUUAGUUGUCAAUACGUUUAUGUUUUUUCCUGCAAAUUCAACUGUUUAUUUAAGCAAUUUGCUCCACCUGUUUGUUAUAUACUUAUGUUAUAUAGACCUGAAGGUGGUGGAAAUACCCCGUUGGGCGGCUGCUUGUUUUUUUUCCUUAUGGCUUGUUCGUUUUCCACACCCAUGGCAUCUAGGUUGUUUUUUGUUUUAUGUCUUGAUGCGUCCUGUCAUUGGUGCGUUUAUCUACAUGAGGAAGCACGCGAGUGUGGUUUUCAAAAUGGUGAGGUGGAACGGACCAGGGCAUGUAUACCCAUUUCCUUACUUUUCAGCUUCUUUGUGGGUCAGGGGGGAAGGCAGGAGACUAUUUACAAAAAGGCAGAUUUAAUGUUUAGUACUUAUUCGAUUCUCAUCAAGGGCCCUGUGCAUCCGUGUAAAUCUUUCGCUUCCUUUUCCUUUGUC